AUGUCGUCAGAACUUGUAAGGGCAAUAAGAGAUAAAAUUGAUGCCGAUGAUGAUAGAAUGCGGGCACUAGAGAAAGAACUCGAUGCGAGUAAGACUAAGAUACAAACUCUAGAGAAUGACCUCGCCGCGAGUCAAACUAAAAUGCAGGCAUUAGAAAAUGACCUCGCUGCGAAUAAAAUUAAAACCCAGGCUCUUGAAAAUAAGAUUAAUUCUUUCUCCGCGGACUUUUCGGCAAGUACGAUUCGUGCAAAUCAAAUUUUCGUCUCGGGUCGAUGGUUGAUCCAGUAUGAAAUGGACACAGCUUUGUGCUUUCGUGAUACUGCAGGA